AUGGAAGACCAUCGCUGGGCCCUGUCAGACGAUGUGCGAGACUUGCUGAGACGCAAGAAUGCGGCCACUCGAGCCUAUGAUAGAUAUCCCACCGACUCGAAUCGUAGACUGCUACGUAAAUUACAGCGUGAGGUCAAAACACGCAUAGCAGACUCACGAAACGAACGAUGGGACUCCACCCUAACUUCAGUAAAACCAUCCCACGUAGCCUUCUGCAAACUUCCCAAAUCCCUCAAGGGUAACGGCAUAACAACCAUGCCGCCACUAGUCCGUCCGAUAGGUACGCCAGCAAUGCUGGACGAAGAGAAGGCCGAAUGCCUGGCUGACAGCCUAGAGUCUCAAUGCUCCCCCAGUCUGCUUCCGAUCGACCCCGAACACCUCCGCAAGGUGAACGAAGAGGUAGAAAGGAAAGCCUUAGAGCCACUUCGCGAUCCCGUUCCCCCAGUCACAUAC